CAUUGCAUUGUGGUCGGCGCCGGUGCCUGGACACAAACAGAAACUACACGGCAACUCUCGAGCUAACUACGGUAAUACUCGCCCUGGAUAAGACAUCAAAAUCUCAGUUGUUGGUGAUCUGUGACAGCCUACAAAGCAGCCAUGUCGUCGACAUCCCAAAAACAUAAAGACUUUGUGGCCGAGCCCAUGGGUGAGAAGCCUGUGAUGGCUCUUGCAGGCAUUGGAGAGGUCCUUGGCAAAAGACUAGAGGAGAAAGGUUUCGACAAGGCGUACGUUGUCCUCGGGCAGUUUCUAGUGCUAAAGAAAGACGAGGAGCUUUUCCGGGACUGGCUGAAGGACACUUGCGGGGCAAAUUCCAAACAACAAGGUGAUUGCUUUGGCUGUCUUAAAGAAUGGUGUGAUGCCUUCCUAUAAAGCAUUCAGUCAAUGUUUUCUACUUCUCAAGUUGAAACUGUACGUUACCUCGUCAGUGAUCUUGACUCAAUUCAGCCACACCAUAUCUAUGAAGUGACACUGUACACACUGAGGUUUAUUAAAGUCAACUUGUUUUUAAAUUAUACUGAAAGACGUAAUUGUAUUUCUGAAAUCCUGCAAACCCCCAAAUACAACUGACACACGGCCUCCUCAUGGUCUGUGACAUGCAGCUCGGCAGCUUCUUUCUUCAAGUUCACGUUAAAUUAGGAAGUCGGGUGGAGAAUCACAAAAGGUGACAGUUCUGUCAUCCCGAUGCGUCUCCUGUCUGUCAGCAGCCAUUUGUCCUGCAGACAUUUUGACUUGUCAUUGUACUAAAAGCAUAACUAAUGACAUUAUUGAUGAUUUCUCUCCAUUUAGGUUUAUUAUUGAGUCAGGGACAUUUUGGGAAACCUAAAUGUAGGCUUUAUUAAUGUUAUUGCAACUGUGUUUGACAAAUCAAAAUGUCUGCUCCAUACCAGAGCUGCUUAUGUUCAUAACAUUCAUUCUGUCCAAGGUCUUUGUAAUGCUGCUUGUACUUUCUGUUGAGUUUUAAAUUUAUGAUAAUUUACUGAGAUCACUUUUGAAGCUCAACGUUGCCAGUUUGUUCUUUGUUUGAACAUGAUACCUUCAGAAAAACUAUUGAUCUGUUUCAGUUCACCACAUAUUUUUCUUCUGUGUAAUGUGGUGAUUUACCAGCAUUGUCCAGGCCAAAAUUUGUACUCCCCUUCAAUUCUUGGCCUUUGCCUCGUUCAGCUGUUUUUAAAGCCUUUGAAAAGUUGCUAUGAGCUGUAUUUUUUAAAAAGCACAUACUAUCACAGUUUGGUAUCAUAUACUCUUAAAUCCACCUAAAAAUGUUUAAGUGAUUGAAGAGGUGGAUUGUUGGUUUGAAGUGUAUUUCAUUGCAUUGAAUGUGACUGAUUUAUGUGACACACAAAAAGUAAACCUCAAGAACUGGUGACACUG